GAGAGGUAACGAAUACUCCAGUGCAGAUCCUCGACGUGAUGACGUUGGCAGCAAACUUUUGUCGGCUUCCGUGACAACUUGGCUUCGAGCCACACUGCCCUCUUCCAACAUGGGGACGGAGCAAACUUCUUUCGGCUCGCCUCGGGACUCUCGACGACACGCGUCAUAAAAAAAUAAUAAUAAUAAUAAUAAUUACAAUAAUAAUUUAAAAAAAACCUCACAACAUGGAGUCCUCUACAAACAGCCUGGAUGACGCGUCGGCGGACGGCAGCGUGGAAUUCGCCGACCGGGCGUCGGUGAUGGAAACGCGUGUUCAGGCGCAGGAGGACGAGAUCACGCUGGUCAAGGCCUCGCUGGCGGACGCCCUGCGCCGGCUCCGCCUCCACGAUCGGCUUCUUUCCGUCCUGAAGCAGCAGCUCGUCGCAGUGAAUCCCGCUUGUGCCAGGCUGAUCAACCAAGUCUGCUGCCACGAGAGCGGAAAGCGCUCCUCCAGUUUCGGCCUCGGUGACGGAGUCCUUCAGUGUGGUUCCAGCCAAUCACUGCAAAGUGUUGCAGCCAGCACAAACGGCCACACGACAUGCUCGAUGUCAGCGGAACCGAGACCGGCGACAGCGGAUCGGUCCACCCAGACGGAGGCGAGCGAGGCCGCCUGGCAUCCCGAGCCUAACGUGGGGCAGGGCAGGUUGAGUUUAUCCGGGCGGGUGCAGAGCCUGCACCUGGAGGACGCCCUCCCUCCGCGGGCCAAGCUGCACCGCGCCCCCAGCGUGGAGGAAGACGAGGACCCGGAGGAUGACGAAGAAGCGGCGGAGCGGGAAAAGGAGCUGAGUUGGAUCGCGUCCGCGGAGGAGCCCAUACAGGCGAGCGCCGUCGUCGGCCUCCGGGGUGGAAGUCGUUCCCCGGAAGGCGCUGUCGCGGGCGCGCCUUCCGAGCAGAACCUCGGCCCCGCGUCCGCGAUCCGGCAAGGACCGCAGAAACCUCUGGUGCGGAGGAACAGCGAGAAAUUGUGGAACCUGAAGAGGCAAGUCAAGCGCCUGGACAAGAAAGCGGCGUCCUCGGCCACCCUCCUCAACCCCUCCGCAAGCUUGGAGAAUCGCGCCAAGGAGCUUGUUGCCAGCGCAGGAUCCCCUGGCUCCAAAAGAGGAACUUACAGUCAAGGCCAGUCUAUCAAAAUGUUCAUCCGCGGCCGUCCAAUCACCAUGUACAUCCCCGCCAACAUCCAAAAUUACGAAGACCUGAAGAUGGAGCCGCCUUCUGAGAGGCUGGAGCUGGACUGGGUCUACGGUUACCGGGGGCGAGACUGCCGGGCCAACCUGUACUUCCUCCCGACGGGCGAGGCGGUCUACUUCAUCGCCUGCGUGGUCGUCCUCUACCACAUCGGCAACCGCGCGCAGCGCCACUACCGCCGACACACGGACUGCGUUCGCUGUCUCACGCUGCAUCCUGACAAAGUGCGAAUAGCAUCCGGCCAAACCGCCGGCGUGGACAAAGACGGCAAGCCCCUGCAGCCUUGCGUGCAUAUUUGGGACUCUGCCACUUUGGUCACCCUGCAGCAGAUCGGACUCGGGACUUUCCAGAGAGGAGUGGGAUCGGUUCGCGACUCUGGCGCGUUCCUGUGCGUGAUUGAUGAGUCCAACGAGCAUAUGUUGUCAGUGUGGGACUGCGCCAGAGGGAGCAAGCAAGCCGAGGUCAAGACCACCACCGAGACGGUGUUGGCUGUGGACUUCCACCCGAGUGACAAUGGCAACAUCAUCACCUGCGGUAAAUCCCACGUCUACUUCUGGACUCUGAACGCGGGGCAGUUCGCCAAGAAGCAAGGCAUCUUCGGCAAAUACAAGAAGCCCAAGUUUAUCCAGUGUUUUGUGUUCAGCCUGACUGGUGAAGUUCUGACAGGGGAUUCCGAGGGCAACAUCCUGACAUGGGGCAAGUCUGCCGCAGCUGUCAGAACUCUUGGCAAAGGAGCCAAAGAGACCUUCCAGAUCAUGCGACAGACCAAAGCGCACGAGGGCAGCGUGUUCACCUUGUGCACGCUGCAGGGCGGCGCGCUGCUCAGCGGCGGAAGCAAAGACCGCAAGAUCAUCCGCUGGAGUGCCGACCUGGCUCCCGAGCACGAGUGUGAGAUUCUUGAAAAAUUUGGGGCGGUGCGCACCGUUGUCGAUAUGGAUGGAGAGGAACUGUUAGUCGGAACCACGAGAAACGCCAUCCUCAGAGGCAGCUUCUCCAACGGCUUUGUGCCCAUAGUGCAAGGUCACGUGGACGAAAUGUGGGGGCUGGCGACACACCCGUCCAUCGACAACUUCCUCUCCUGUGGCCACGACAGGCAGGUGUGCUUAUGGGAAACCGGGGAGCACACGCUCAACUGGUCCAUCGCCCUGGAGGAGUAUGGGUUGUGUGCCGAUUUCUGCCCAAAUGGAUCGGUGGUUUCGGUCGGCCUCAGCACGGGAAGAUGGGUGGCGUUGGACCUGCUGAGCGCAGAGGUCGUCUCCGAGUCGGUCGACGGGAAUGAGCAGCUUUCCGUCAUGAGAUACUCCCCAGACGGCAGCUGUCUCGCUGUGGGCUCCCAUGACAACUUCAUCUACAUCUACAACGUGACAGAAAGCGGACGGCGGUACGCUCGUUUCGGGAAAUGCAACGGCCACUCCAGUUUCAUAACUCACUUGGAUUGGUCCAAAGACGGGAAGUACAUCAUGUCAAAUUCAGGCGACUAUGAAAUUCUCUAUUGGGACAUUGCUGCAGGCUGCAAACUGUUGAGGAAUCGCUUCGAGAGCAAAGACCGCGAGUGGGCCUCCUACACCUGCGUGCUGGGCUUCCACGUCAUGGGCGUGUGGUUGGAGGGCUCCGACGGCACGGACAUCAACGCGCUGUGUCGCUCCCACAGCGAGAGCGUGGUGGCGGUGGCCGACGACUUCUGCAAAGUUCACCUCUUCCAGUACCCCUGUCCCAAACCCAAGGCGCCCAGCCGUAGGUACGAGGGCCACGGCAGCCACGUCACCAACGUGCGCUUCACCCACAGCGACUCCCACCUGCUCUCCGUGGGCGGCAAGGACACGUGCAUCCUCCAGUGGCGGGUGGUCCGAGGCGGCUCUCCGGAACCCGCCCCCGCCGGCCAGUAGCCGGUGACGACAAAAAGUGUGUCCGCGUGAAGUGUGGACAGGCGCCAGACUGCGAGGUUCUGGAAUCGCACGUGUGUGGGGAGAAUUUUAUCUCCAGGACUACAUUGUCUUCCAAGUACCAAAUGUGAUGUUUGGAGAACAUUCCUGCUUUUUUGGCGUUUAUCUUUCUUUGUGGUGUAUGACACUGAAAAUGCCCUGGAAUUACCAUGGUACCUUGGUUUUACGAGCAAAGUAAUCUGCAAAACAUUAUUAUGGGGUAUCAUUUAAAAAAAUAAAAAUAAAAUAAAAAUGGCAUACCUACACACAGUACAUAUGGGGUCUGGCACGCCAAUAGAAGAAAAACAUACUAAACCAAUGACUCCUCAGUAACUUUAAAAGGUCAAUUAAAAUAUGGUUGUGAUGUAUCAUCAGAUAUAUACGACACCACUGCAUAGAUCUCUGGUUGUUGUUUUUUUUUAAAACAAAAACAUUGUUAUGAGAAUGAAGUCCAAUUUCCUUGCAAGAACAAAAGGUGUAUUAUAACAGGAAUGUUGUUGGGGCUUUCAGCUUGUCUCAUCAGGGAUCGCCACAGCAAAUCACUUGCAUGAUUUGUUUGGCCGAUUAUUAUUACUAGGACAAAUUACACGGGGUUUUUUUUGUUUUGUUUUUUUCCAGAAUAAAGGCAUAAUAUUAUGAGAAGAAAACAUUUUCGUAUUUCACUUCUUAAAAUCAAAUUUUCUUCCCCUGUUGAGCUUUGUCGUUAAUAUUAUAUUACAACUAUAUUUUGGAAAAAUACGACUUUCUUCUCAUAACAUGACAUUUUAUCCUGACAAAAUACACCUUUCUUCUUGAAAUGAUUUCUUGAAGAAAUACAACUUUCUUUCUCAUAAAUUACACCAUUUUUCUUUUAAAAAAAAAAAAAGUUUUAUUUUAAAAUUAGAAUUGUUCUCAAAAACUGGCAGCUUUUGAAUUUCUUUGUCUUUUAGGGGCGUAUAUGUUGUGCAUUUUACUUGGACUGUACCAUUAUUACGUGUACUGUAUUUGUGUAUACAUUUCCGAAAAUACAAUGACUUCAAUGACCUUG